AUGGAAAUAUUACUGGAACAAGAGUUGGGACGCCUCAAAGAAGACUGGCUAAAGCAAAGGGCCGCCUCCAACCCACCACGUGGCACACUCAACAACGUGAGUACUAUGCAGGUUGACAGAAGCAACCACAGUCCCAAGGAAGAGAGUGGGCGAGGGGACAUGAUACAGCAAAUGCAAGACAUGAUUGCUAAAACUAAUAAAAAAUUGGACCACAUGUCUCAGGAAAUAGAGACCUUGGAAGAAGGACUUAGACAACCUCAAGGCCCAAGUAAAGAACAGAGAAGACCCAAUGCCAAGCCCACGACAGAACACAUUACUAUACGACUCCAAGGCACAAUGGAGAAAGACCAGUGGCAAACAGAAGACAUGCAAGAGACAGACACAGACCCGGCACCACAAGAGACAGACACAGACCUGGCGCCACAUAAUAUCUCAAUGCACAGCAGCAGUCUGAGUCCAGAAGGAAUGAAACUAAGAAAUGGGAGAGUCAUAAAAGUGCUCAAAAUGGCUGAAGAGGAGAUUGACGACAGUGUGGGGUCCAGCAUAUGCCCUACAAUAACAAAGACCAGUGGCAGAAGACAAUAUGAACCUUGGCCAUUUAUGGACAUGAUAGGCCUGGCAGAACGCCUACCAAUACUCACAGAUGGUGCUGAUAAAUGGAUACUGGCCCUGGAAGAGACUACAGCCGGCAUACAGCUGGCGGUAGGGGACAUCAAAGCCAUCCUCAUGUACGUGGCAGGAAAACAGAACACCAAAGAGAUAUUUGCAGACGCUGGACUGAGUGCAGCCUUUGGAACCAACAUCAAUGAUGGAGUGGAAUUUGGAGGCUAUCGGUCUCGUGUGUGGGAACAACUAAGAAAACACUACCCAGCGAAAAGAGACCCAUCCAAACUGGAAGGAGAAACCAUGGGGGAGGAUGAGUGUCCCUCGAAAUCCCUGCACAAUUUCCAAAAGAGAUGGAAGGAGGAGACGGGAGAGGCAUGGAACGCCAACAAGACCACUCAGAGCCUCUUUAAAAUGAUGGUAAAAAAGGCCAUGCCUGAAGAGGUACAGCGGCGCCUAGAGGGUGUGGUAGGACUAAUAAAGAUGGAAUGGCCAUUGUUUACAGAGCACAUCGUUCAUCAUGUGGAGCUCUAUAAGAAAGACAAAAGGAAAAAGGAGGAAGAUGAUAAACAAUUGGCUACCAAAUUAACUCAGCUACAACUAGGGGAGUUGAGCAAACUGGUGAAAAAAGAGAAAGAAAAGGCCAAGGUUCAAGCCCCCAUGGUGAUGGCAACCCAAGCGGCCCCGCAGAACGGCCAGCCUCCAGCUCCUCCACAGCCAACCCUGACUGACUCUAACGCAACAGGUAAAGACACAGCUGUCAACGCCACACACCACCACCACUAUUAUCAGACACAGGCACCGAGAGGUAGUGGCGCUCAGCGACCCCCCAGAGGGCGGGGCCGAGGAGGAAACCGUGGAUGGAGAGGGGGUAGAAACUACACACCAGGCAACCAGCAGGGCUAUCAGGAACAAUUCAAUCAGCAAUCAGGACCACCUCACAUGGGUGCAACAUACCCAGGAGCCAAUCAGGCUCCGUCCGAUGGUCUCUGUUGGGGGUGUGGACAGCCAGGCCACAUACGAGCUCAAUGCCCUAGCAACCCAUGGGAAGGACCAGCACAGAACUGGCCUAACAUGGAACAGCCACGUCCUUGGUAGGGAUGCCCAGAGGAGCCUGAGGGGGAACUGAUGUUACCAGCUAUAUCAUUACAAUCACAUGAUGAACCAAUCAUACCUGUUGUCAUCCAGGACCGUGAAUAUCCUUUCAUGGUGGACACUGGUGCUACAUAUUCAUGCAUUGGAAAAGAAGGCUCAAGGAUCCCCCUGUCCGCAUCAUCGAUAAAAACUAUAGGCUUCUCUGGGAAAUCACAAGUCAUACCAUUAACAGAGCCCGUUCCAAUGCUCAUUGCAGGCAAGGUCAUUUGUGCUCCUUUGCUAUAUUCAGCCUUCACCCCAGUAAAUUUGUUGGGAAGAGACAUUUUAUGUCCUUUAAAGGCUAAGAUUAUGUGCACCCAAGAUGGACUGUAUUUGGAUUUCCCUGAUGAUCCCCCGCAGAACAUGAUGUCCCAGCUUCCCCAGACUACACCAGAAAAACAACAAGCCCUAGUCUAUUGGCUUCAGUUGUCAACUGAAGAGUCACAUCUCAAACAGAAAUGGGCUGAAUGGGAAACAUGGGUUCGCAUGCAUUAUGACAUAGCACACACCCCCACUCUGCCGCUGCACUGCACGCUCAUGUAUGACAAAGAUCAGACUCACGUAGAUUACCAAGAAUGCUGGGAUACUGUAAUCAACAAAAAACCAUGUCUGGUCACAAGUGAGGACAUAUUUUUGGGGCCGGAGGGUGUAGCGGCAGCUAUUCAUCUUCCGGAAGAAUUAUCAGGAUGGUUUCAGGUACCAAACUCCACACCACAUAUAACAUUGUUGGUGGCAGGAAAUUGUGAGUCUCAUCAUCUUGGUCCUAUGGUCAGGCGUGCUCUGCAGGUGCAAGAGUGGACACCCACACAAAACAAAUACAUUCACAUUUCUAAAGAUAAGCAGUUCAUCAGGAUCUCACUUAAAGUAGGUGAUGAGGCAGUAGCACACAAGGUAGCGGUAAAUGUCACCACACCCACACAAAUGGCAAUUGCAGCAGAACAUGAAGAAAUGUUAAAUCAAGUUCCUUUUCAAUUGUGGACGGCCCACAAGACAGAUGUAGGUUUAAUAAAAUCAGCUCAACCAGUUCACAUUAAGUUAAAACCACAUGUUAACUUACCAUACCAAAAAUAAUAUCCUCUCAAGCAGCAUGCCAUUGAUGGUAUCAGACCAACAAUUAAGGGGUUGGUAGAAGCAGGGGUGUUGGUUGAGACUAGAAGUCCUUGCAAUACGCCUAACUUCCCCAUAAGGAAACCAAAUUCAACAGACUAGUCUGAAUGUAUCAAGCACUGUGUUACAGUAUGUAGAUGAUUUGCUCAUUUGCAGUGCGACCAAAGAGCAAUGUGAAAAAGACUCCAUUGCUGUACUCACGGCCUUGGCAGAAGGAGGACACAAGGUCAGCAAAAACAAACUGCAAUUCUGCCAGCAGUCAGUAGAGUACUUGGGGAGACAAUUAUCUGGGGACAAAAGGCUUAUUGCACCCUCACAGCUGGAAGCAGUAAUCCAGGCCCCUCAACCGUAAACGGUUGGCCAGAUGCUGUCUUUUCUGGGUAUGACAGGUUACAGCAGACCUUGGAUUUGUGACUAUGCUAUAAAAACUGCUCCCCUCAGGACUCUGAUUAGAGCAGCAGGACAAACAAACAAUGCAGCACAGUUGCAGUGGACAGAGGAGGCGGAGGCAGCGUUCCAAGCCCUAAAGAGUGACAUGCAAUCUGCUCCCGUGUUGGGAACACCUAACUAUGCUAAACCUUUUCACCUCUAUGUUGCAGAAAAAUCUGGGUUUGCUUGUGCUGUCCUGAUGCAAGACACGCCCACAGGGCAGUGUUCCAGCAGGUGAAAGGGGCCACAGCAGACAGAGGGGUCGACAUCCCGGCAGACCUCCAGAGAAUUGUUCCUGGAGAAUUGGUGUACGUUAAGGUGUUCAAAAGAAAGUGGGACCAGCCACGAAGGGAAGGUCCAUACAAGGUGAUACUUGCCACACCAACUGCCUUGAAAGUUGAAGGUAAGGAUGUUUGGUUCCAUCUUAACCACUGCUGCAGAGCUAACCCACAAGGCCCAGCAAGACCCAUACCCUGGCCUAGAACCAGGCAGAGAGCAGCCUCUUCAGAAAGUGAUCAACCAGAAGGGGAUGGCGACGCCUCCCCACAGGAACAGGGGACAAGGAGGUCAGCACGCGUUGCACGAAGACGCAGGGCAGAGGCAACCCAGGGUGAUGGCAGCAGUCCAGCCCAGAGUGAGAGCAGCGGGUCACUACAGGAGAGGGUAUCAACAGUGGCAGAGAGCUCAUCAGAGAGGAGCUCCUCAACCGCCAGGACUGGCAGCCAAUCUCAAUCACAUGAGUCACCAUCUGCUAGAGAUAGGGAAGAUCAUGAGAGGACAAGUGCAGAGAGAGAGGUGGCUGCAGAGGCAGAAGGACAGGAGGGAGAGGGAACAGAGGCAGAGAGAGAAGAAGGAGAAGAAAGCCUCAGCUCAGAAUCAGGCGAAAGUAGAGCAGCAGACACAGGUUCAGACUCAGGUUCAGACUCGGGCUCCAACUCAAACUCAAGAGACACAGACACAAGGGGAUCAGAUCCAGGAGAAGGAACAGCCCCCCGGUAAGCGGGAGGGCUUGAAUAGCAGAAAAGGAGGAGCUAAUGUGGGAGUGAUAGGUGUAGUGCUACUAACCCUAUUGCUCAUCCUAAGAGUGAGGCAGAGUGCAGGAGUAGAACUGGGCAAUCAACAUCAGAUGCAGAUGAGUGAGUGCUUGGUGGCCUUAGGAACCAUAGCUGCGAAACAAGGACAGAUACCACAUAGGGAGAUGAUACAACUAACCUACUACAAAUCACAUGCUUAUGACGACAUCUUGGUGGAGGGUCCAGGAAAUAUCAGGUUGCAUGGUCAAGCUGUAAGUUCACACUGCACUGCAGAGGGAAGGGUGACAGCAGGAGUUGUGUGUGACACGAGAGGCUGCACUGAUACAGACACAGGACACAGUGUAUCCACUAAAAUAGCUCACCAGUGGCUUCAAUUGAAACCACCAUCCCAGAGAAAGCCAAGAGAUGUGGUGAUGCAGAGGGUAGAACUAAUUAGAACCACCACUUGGAAGUAUAACCUUUUUUACCAAUGGCUAGAAUACUCCGCCAAACCUGUAUAGCAUAAUAAUAUAUAGUAUAAUAUUACGUGUAUAGCAUGCCAUAGAAGGAAGGGUCUACCAGGGGUCAGACCACUCCCAAACAUAGAUAAAUGCUGGGAACAUAAGACGUGCUUUACUGCCUGUGUUAUGUGGAUGGCAGCGGGACGAACAAGGUGGUCCAACACGACUGCAAUCUGUCCUGGAACCUUUAACAAUGCCACUGAUCAGUUCCAGCAGGAAUUCCACAUGCCCCCAGUAGUAAAUUUGGCACCGGAUCUUGUAUUCCCAUUUUGUGUAGCACGGGGAAAUGAUAUAGAACAGUGGUUGAAUAAUGCCACCGCUACUAAUUCUUCCCAGGAAGCAGAAAGGUUGAUCCAAUGUAGGUAUGAGGAGAUUAUAGGAAAUGUAACCUCGUCAGCGGGUACGACACAGCUUACAGGGGUACAGAAGGUGUGCAACACGACCCUUGAAGCUAAAAUUCAGUGUCACCAGGUGGUAAAUGGUGGGAAUGAUUCGUAUGUGAUGGGACGUCAUUAUAAUGAUACCACUUGGAUUUUAACAU